CGUCAGAACAAGAUGGAACAGCACCUACUUCAUGAUACAGAGUCUGCUGGAUCAGAAGCGCGUACUAGGUGCCUAUGUUGUGGAUUAUGAUCUGCCCACAACACUGACUGCUAACCAGUGGGCCUUGCUGGAGAAAACUAGCACUGUUUUGGAACCAUUUGAAGAGCUGACCAGGAAAAUAAGCUCAUCCACCGCCUCCACUGCUGAUGUCAUUCCAGCCAUCACUGUCCUCAAGCGCAUCCUGACCAAGGAAGACGAGGCAGAUGCUGGCAUUAAAACGAUGAAAAAGACCCUGCUCCAAGCUGUCAAACAACGUUUUGACUCAGUAGAAGAUGAGCCUCUGUACGCCCUGGCCACUUUGUUGGACCCAAGAUAUAAGGACAGAUACUUUACAAGUGAGACCUCUACCAAGCAUGCAAAAGAUGCACUGUUGAAGAAGCUUGAAGACAGGGGCUUGACCAGCACAGCAGGAGCAGCGGAGGCUUCACAGCGACCAGAGAAGGCCCCUCGGAUGGAGACUGCAGCAGAAGCAGUAGCAGCUCCAAGCAAGAGCAGUUUCAUGGAAGCAUUUGAGCAAAUUCCGGUAGGAGAGUGA